UCUGUCCCUUGAGUUGAGACAGAUGCCGUCAGGGUGUUGUUGAUUUUGUUGGUGCAUGGGAUGUCGGCUAGGUUACUUGCCAACCUGUCAGCAUCUUCGUUGCCAGGAAUGCCAAUGUGGCUGGGGAUCCAUGUAAGGGUUUCUAUUUCAGAGGAAGUUGGCUGGUGAGCGGUGGUAGCUGUGUUCCUAUUGACGGCCGCGCUGAUUCUCUGACCAAUAGGCAGGAGUUGGAGUAUGGGAGCGGUACUGAACAAAGAUAUUUUUUUGUCUCUUUUUUCUGGGGCGCCAAAUAGGAGAGACACAGGACACAACCGAGUGGAUCCAAGGAUCAAGGCGAACUCAUUUUUUCAUUAUAUUUUCUUAUAUAGUUUCCUUUAUAUUUAAAUAAAAAACAAAACAAACAUCAACCAGCUGAUUGUCUGCUUAAAACAAAAGAAGGUGGCAUCCCGUGAUCCCUUGUAAAAAGGCAUUGAAAAACGGUUGGCCUAGGUGACGGAUACCAAGUUGGAUAUGUCAUCUAAAAAAGAAGACCACGUUUGCCUGUUUUAUCGUACCCUGAAAAGGUGAAGAAUUGUUCAGUGACUAUUCACGUGCCAAAUACCUAGAUAUUUCGUACUUUGCAUGUCAACUGCUUACAUCACGUGACAAAAGUCGUACUAACAGAUUGUCCAAACUCAUACGUUAUAAACUGGUACCGAUGUUGAACAAAUCAACGAAAUGUUACGUGUUACAUCAUACCUGAAUCCUGAAUGUCUUCUAGAUAGCACAAAAAACACAAGAAAAGGAUUGCAAUUCAUCCCUAGAUGGCAGCCAUGUUUCCAAAAUCCAUAAUUUUUUAUGAAUUAAAAUUAUUAAAAAAAUACACUGGUAAUAGAUGGCAAUUAUCGGAGACCAAUUUUACAUCACCAUUGAACUUCUUUUGCUGGAAUAUGUUUUAAAGCCAUCAAAAACUGCACUUUUGAAUUACAUCCCUGGCUGGCUACUCUCAACAAUCUGUAAACCAUAACUUUCACUCUCAGACCUCUGUGCCUUGGCUGACAUCACGUACCGCUGCUGUGACGUCAUUUCGGCGUCGGGACUCAGAAUCUCGAAAUUCCUGCCAUUCCUCAGUGAACACGUCAGACGACUUCGUUUGUUAUUGUUGAUGCUUCCGAUGACGAUGUUUGCAACGGUCAGUUUGGGAGCGUUACCUCCAGGAGUCACAUGUGCUACAACCUAAAUUAUCGAGGAGAUCUAGACAGGAUAGCCAACUCUGCACAACAUAAUAACGUGAAUAACGAUCCGAUAAUCAACCAGGCAGGCCUAUGCGUUAUUACUUUGCUUCUUCUUUUUCAUGAAGAUCGUUACCUUCGUUUUUCUUAGCAGUUCAUAGCAAGAAAAAUGUACUGUGGUAUCUAGAAACAGUAUAGCAUCAGUCCUUGGAUUGUCGGGAGCGUGCGUUAUCCGCCGCCUUUUUCAAGGCGUCGCUUCUCAGUUUCCAGGUCGAGGCCAACCAUUUCAGAACGUCCUGCACUUACCCUCCUCCGCCCGUCGUAGUCGAAGACGUUCAAAUUAUUCGCCCCCAAAAUUUCGUUCAGCCAAGAAAGAAAAUUCCAGCAAACUCUUCUGUGGGCUAUUGUGUCUAAUUAGAUUGGCAUACAGAGCCUAUCGCUCAUAUUCUACAUUUGCUGGAUUGACUGUGAUGAUAACAGUCCCGCCCAGCAACACCCAACAUACAAGUAUCGUAGGCGACUAGAAGCCGAAGAACGCAUCCAUAACGCAAUCAUUACGCAUCAAUUACAACUGGCGGUUGUGCCUCGCCCGUCGAUGCUCGAGACGUCAUUUGUAAACACGUGCGGCUGGCAGUUAUAAGUAUAAGGCAGCCAGCAAAUAGGGAGAACUACGCCAUUGGGGCGUCCGUCAGUCGGCCAGCCAGAAGCAGCAGAAGAAAAAACAAAGCAAAAGAAACAAGCAACCACAAAGCAUUCAGAAAAAAAAAAGAUGCCGACAUCCACUGCGAGCUUAUCGUUGUCUCGGCCCGGCAGUAGCAGAAACACAGGCACCGGUGUCGGUCAACCGCAGCAGCUGCAACAGCAGGCCAGUACUGGGCCGAUUGUACCGCCUUGGCGUAGAGUGUCUCGACAGGAAAGUGCAAAUAAUUCCACUGGACGUCUUAUAAUUCCACCUCCACCUCUUCCGCCAUCAACCAUGGCUGCUCCACCACCACCACCGCCGCCACCACCACCACCACCACCACCUUCAGCAGUUCAGAAACGAGAAAUUCCCGAACAUGUUGCGGUCAAAUUGGAACAAUACAAAAAGACGCCUCGCAAACGGCCCGAUUGGGCGUCGAUGAUGAAGGAAAUCGAAGUAGGUAAACAACUACGUCGGGUGCAGACGAACGACCGGAGCCGGCCAAUUUUGCCGCAAGCUAAGGCCAAAGGAAAGGUACUUCCCGGUCAAACGUUUACGCCAAUCACCUGCCUAGACGACGAUGCAAACACGAAAGAAGUGUUCGUCUACGAAUCAGAAAAGCCAACGAGCGACUGCGUGGCAAAUCAGAUUCUGUUGGAAAUCCAGAAAGGUGUUCGCUUGAAAAAGACCAAGUGCAACGAUCGAUCUCGACCCAUUUUAAAUGGUCUGGGAGUUUUCCGGAGACAAGUGAGCAUGGUGGAAGCAGAUCCAGCAGAGCCAACCACUCCUUUAAUUGAACCGGAAGCUGAUUACGAUGACAUUGACAAAGUUCGUGACGACCUACAAUCCACUAAGCAAUUGCUUGAAAUCGAAUUGAAAAAUCGUCGUAAAAUUGACGAGGAAAAUGCCAAAUUGCAAAGCGAAAUUCGUCGAUUGAAGGAAGAACUUGCUGGUGGCGGUAGUCACAAACCUUCGUCUACAAUAGCUCCUUCUUACGGUACGACGAGGAGGUCUUCAUCGACGAAUCACUUUGCACCGGAAGCACCUUCCAUACUAAAGAAGUCCACGUCAAAAAUGACAAUGAUAAACAGGAGUAAACCAGUAAAAAAGGACUCGAGUGACGAAGACGAUGAUUCCGACGAAGAUUUCGGAGAUCUCGAUGCCGUCGAAGAAGAAAUGAAUGCAUUGAGGGGUCAAGCUGAAUUGGCCCGCAAGUCUGCCGAAGAGUUUGAAACACGUUACAAGGACGCGGCCAAUCAACUAGUAACAACUCAGGCUGAAAUGGAAGAUCUUGAAAUGAAAGUGGCUGUUUUAAAGAAGAAGCUCCGCAAAGCUCAGGAGCUUAACGGUGGCGGUGAACCAGAAGAAACAGAGUUGCGUGAUUUCGGGACUCAGACGGAUCCAAUCGAACCACCACCAGUCGUCGACAGCCGUCCGGCUCGAUCCAGUAGCAGGCGUGAUUUGCGGAAACAAAUGUCAAGGCAGGACUCUCGUGGAAGUAACAUUAGUUCGGCGAAUAACAAUCCAGCGGAAUUGAGUGAAGACGAGGAAGAAGAAGAAGAAGAGGAUGAAAGCACAGCGUACCUUAAGGCACAGAAACGGGAGAUGUCCCUUUUGACCUCUAGAUUGCGCUCCACCAAGGAUAAGGAGAAAAACGUGCGCAACGAGCGGAUCGCACUUCAUCUCCAACUGAAGAAAUUCCGCAACGAUCUUAAAGACGAAAAAAAGAAGUAUGCCGCAUUGAAGAAGGAAGUCGAUGGUAUGGCCGUAAUGAUGAACGAACUUGGGGAAGAUGAGAAAGUCGAAAUUGUAGUUGAAGAAAUCGAAGUUACAGACAGUGAAGAAGAAGAGGAGGAGGAGGAAGAGGAGGAAGAAGAAGAUGAAGAGGACGAAGAUGAUGAGAUCGAUGAUGUAGAGGAGGAGGAGAGUGAUGAGGACACGGAAAGUGACGAAAUAGAAACUCGCAUGGAGAAAUUUAAUGAGCGAUUGCGUAACCAUGAUAACACGCUCAGUACUCUGAAAAAAGGCAAUUACUUGCUAAAAUCCAAAGUGGACAUGGCUCAAGAGGAGUUACGAAAAGAGCGCAGCCGUUAUUCUGCCCUAGAAAUCGAACUCAACAAUUGUUUGGCCGAACUCGGCUAAGUUUCAGAUUAAGCCCAUUAUCAAGCAUACACAUGCAUAUUAUACAUAUAUAUCUAUCUAUCUAUCUAUCCAUCUACCCAAGAAAACUACUGAAAAAUCCAAUUGAAAAUGAAAAAAACAGAAAAAAAACUAUAAAUACAAAUCUAAAUUACUGACGAA